UUGUUUUUUGUCUUGCGCCCGUUUAUAAGUACCUAGCCAAUCAUAUUAUACACAUACAACUUUCUCGUACGUAGCCUCACAAAUACUCACAACAGAACAUUUUUUUUUUGUUAAAUAUUAUAAACCGUAAAACACGCAUCUAUUUUAAUGAAACAAAGUGUUAAUAUUUAACUUAUUGACUUUUUAGUACAUCCACGUAAGUAUAUUAUAUUCCAGUUCCAAAAUUUAUCAGUUAUAAUUAUGAGAUAAAAUUAUUGAAAAACAAAUUAGGAAAGGGGUUAAGAAACCUAAGCCCUAUUUUUACUUGAUAAAAAACGGUUCAAUAGCAUAUAAUUAUCUAUAACAAACUCGGAAUGCAAUCCCUAUUCGGUAGUAACCAGAUUGAACACACACUGUAUGACUUUUUCCUUCUAUUUCUAACAAAUCUGCAACAAAUCUCUCUAUAUAUAAACACCAUCAAAAACAUUUUUUAAUUUCGUCUCAAACUAAAGAGAUCAACAACAUGGACAUUGAAUCCCUUUCACCACCUGUCCAUCAAGAAUCCAGAAAACAAGCCCUUCUCAAGAAGAAGAGAGGAGGAUGGAGAGCUAUCAAGUACAUCAUUGCAAACGAGUCGUUUGAGAAGCUGGCGUCCAUGAGCUUGAUAGGGAAUCUAUCGGUGUAUCUCACGACAAAAUACAAUCUUGGUGGUGUGUUCUUGGUGAACAUCAUCAACAUCUGGUUUGGUUCUUGCAACUUUCUUAGUAUCCCAGGUGCUUUUGUCUCUGAUGCUUACCUCGGAAGAUUCUGGACUCUUCUCCUCGGUUCCAUAGCUUCUUUGCUCGGGAUGGGAGUAAUGGCUCUAACCGCGGCUAUUCCGCGUUUAAGACCAGAGGCUUGCAACGAUCCAACAAAUUGUUUAAACCCACCCGCGAAGUGGCAGCUCGCGGUUCUAUUCUCUAGUCUAGGUUUACUAGCCAUCGGGGCAGGAGCAAUCAGACCAUGCAACAUCGCAUUUGGAGCAGAUCAAUUCGAUACAGGCACUAAAAAGGGCAAAGCGCAGCUUGAAACAUUCUUUAACUGGUGGUACUUCUCCUUCACCGUGGCUCUUGUCAUUGCAUUGACAGGGGUCGUAUAUAUACAGACUAACAUUAGUUGGGUCAUUGGUUUCGUGAUCCCCACGGCCUGCCUUGCACUCUCUGUCACCACCUUUGUCAUCGGCCAACACACUUACAUAUGUCAAAAGCCUAAGGGCAGUGUGUUCGCAGACAUGGUUAAGGUUAUUGCCGCGGCUUCUAAGAAACGUAAGCUAAAAUCUGGAGAAGGUGUAUCAUUCUACUUAGGCCCUUCCACUGAUGGAUCCUCCACCACUUUGAUACAAAACAGACAAAGAUUAGGAUUUUUUGACAAAGCAGCAGUGAUAACUGAUCCGAACGAGUUAAACGACGAAGGUAAGACGAAGAACAACUGGAGACUAUGCAGUCUCCAGCAGGUGAAGAACCUCAAGUGCGUGACCGCUGUUUUACCGGUUUGGGUCACAGGAAUCGCGUGCUUCAUGCUGACCGACCAACAGAACAUCUACGGGAUCCUACAAGCGAUACAGAUGGAAAAAACGUUCGGACAUAACUUCAACGUUCCAGCAGGAUGGAUGAAUCUUGUCUCAAUGAUCACUCUCGCCAUCUGGAUCUCGCUAUACGAAUGCGUCAUCCUACCAAUAGCGAGACAAAUUACAGGACGUAAGCAACGGUUAACGAUGAAACAAAGGAUCCAGAUAGGUAUCGUUAUGGGGAUAGCUUGCAUGAUCGUGGCGGGUUUCUUGGAAAAGGACAGAAGAGCGUCUGCUCUAAAGAACGGUUCGUUCGUGUCUCCUGUCUCGAUAGUGAUGUUGCUUCCUCAGUUCGUGCUUGCGGGUUUAACCGAAGCGUUUUCAGCUGUGGCUUUGAUGGAGUUUUUGACGGUUAAGAUGCCUGAGCAUAUGAGAGCCGUCGCUGGAGCUAUCUUCUUUUUAAGCUCGUCGGUUGCGAGUUACAUAUGCACGCUUCUUAUUAAUGUGAUUGAUAAGGUAACACGUGAGGAAGGGCAUUCGUGGUUAGGUGAUAAAGACUUGAACAAGAACAGGCUCGAGAACUAUUUUUUCAUAAUAGGAGGCAUUCAAGUCGUGAAUCUGAUCUAUUUUAGGUUCUUUGCUUCCAGGUUUGUCACUGAGAAGGAGAAGGAUAAUAGAGAUUUUUAGUCUAGUGGUUGAUCACUAUUUCAUCUUUCUUUUACUAGUUUAGAGGGUUACAUUUUUGUUUUUAUUUUGUUUAAUCAAUUUAUCUGUACCGUGGCUUGUUUCCUUUGACAUAUGUUGAAAGGGUUUUUGGUGUUUUAAAGAGUUUUAUAGUUUUGAAAUUCUAAUGUUAUUGGUUUAUAGAUUCGGUAAAGUUUGGUUUCCA